AUGAAACUUACCACUGACCUUAUUACCGAGUCUGUAUCUCACAUCAACGCCAUCUCUGACCGAGAGCUGGUACUUAGAGAUUUGAAGAUACCUGUCAUUGAAAACUUGGGUGCGACCAAAGACCUUAACGACACCAUUGACUUUACCAAUAAUGAUUUACGUUCUCUCGGCAACUUCCCUCGUCUAUCACGAUUACAGCAUCUUUUGUUGGCAAAUAACCGUAUCAGCACUAUUGAAGAGGGCAUGCAAAACUCCCUUCCUAAUCUGACCACCUUGGUUUUGACAAACAAUGCCAUUCAAGAACUCGGAGAUCUCGAACCUCUUGCACCUUGCCGCAAGUUAACUUACCUCAGCCUUCUCGACAACCCCGUUACCAAGAAGCAAUACUAUAGACUUUAUGUGAUUCACAAAAUUCCUAGUCUUCGUGUUCUUGAUUUUGUCAAGAUCAAGCAAGCAGAGCGUAAGCAAGCAGAGGAGUUGUUUAAGGACCAGGACGGUAAUGAGUCUAGCCUCAGCAAGUCUCUUGCAGACGCUAAAACAAAAACAUUUGAACCUGGAGAGGGACUUGGCGAAACAAAGGCAAAUGGACAUGGUCUGUCAGCAGAAGAACAGCGCACAAUUCGUGAGGCAUUGAAGAAGGCAACCUCGCUGGAUGAGAUUUCACGACUAGAGCGCUUGCUUAAAGCAGGGCAUGUUCCAGUAGAAAAGAAGCCUGUUAGUGCUGAAGAGGAAGAAGAGGAAGAAGAGUAA